GCAAAAAACUAGAAUAAGCCAAGGCAAGUUGAGAACUACGUAAAUAAGCUAAAUUGAAAUUCGUUUCAAUAAUGAGCCAGGAGCUAUAUAUAUGUAAUUUCAACUCGGUUCGAAUUAGAUUUCUUAGUAAAUCGAACCAGCCAAGUUCGAAUUAGAUUGAUGAAAAGUUGGUUGUAAUUCAAAUCAGCAAAGUUCGAACUCCGUCUCCACGUAAAUCGAACUAGCUUAGUUCGAAUUAUAGGCAAGUAAAGUCUUCAAGUAAUUCGAACCACUCUGGUUCGAAUUACACUUAUGCUGGGUUCUUAAUAAUUCGAACUACCCUGAUUCGAAUUACUAGUGAUUCGGCUAUAUAAGGAGUUCGAAUCAGCCUCAUUCGAAUCAUUCUCACCUUCCCCUACCCCACCAAAUCUCAGAGAAAACGACCCAGAUUCUCUCCGACAAAGAUCUGAAUGGAAUACUCUGCUGAUGGGGGACGAUCCGGCACGGUUAUAUCGCUUGGACGGAGUCGCCCAUAUAGCUGGGGUCAUCAACGAGGAGGUUAGUACGGAAAUAACUUUGUUCUACCGGUACAUGUGACUUAGUGGUUUUGCAUGCGGGUUAGAUGGUGGUUUAUGUUAGUGGUUUCCGUUAAUGGUUUAUGUUAGUGGUUUCUAUUAGUGGUUUAUGUUGGUGGUUUAUCUUAGUGGUUUAUGUAAGUGGUUUACGUUAACGGUUUAUGUUGGUGGUUUAUGUUAGUGGUUUACGUUAGUGGUUCAUGUUAGUAGUUUAUGUUGGUGGUUUAUGUUGGUGGUUUAUCUCAGUGGUUUAUGUAAGUGGUUUAGUUUAUCUCAGUGGUUUAUGUAAGUGGUUUACGUUAACGGUUUAUGUUAGUGGUUUAUCUUAGAAGUUGACGUUAGUGGUUUAUGUUAGUGGUUUAUGUUAGCGGUUUAGUUGUGGUUGUUUUAUGUUAGAUCUUUCAUGUCAGUGGUUUAUGCUGGUUUCUUAUGUUAGUUGUUUAUGCAAGUGGUUCUCGUUCUUGGAUUUUUAAGCGGUUAUAUUUAGUACGAUUUUUUGGUUUAUGAAUUAUCGUGUUGAUUAUGUUUGUCACUGGUAAUUAAGUUGGUUCUAAUAAUGCGGUUCAUUUCUUCCGCAGCAUCAGCGAUGCAUCAGGAGCAUGCGGCGGCAGCAGGGCAUGCUCCUCGAUAACAGAUACGUUCCGUACCUGCAGAUGGCCGGUCUAUACCAUCUUGCAAGGCUGAACGAUAGAUGGUUCCGGUUGGACGAGGCCCUUGUCAGUGCGUUCGUCGAGCGAUGGCGUCCGGAAACACACACGUUUCAUAUGCCGCUCGGAGAGUGCACGAUCACACUCCAGGACGUGGCAUACCAGCUGGGUUUGCCAGUGGACGGGUGUUACGUCAGCGGCUGUCUAUCAGAGUUCCAGAUAUACAUCCAGGGUGGCCGUUCAGCCUGGGUGUGGUUCGAGGAGUUGCUUGGAGUGGUACCUCCUCCUAGCCAGGUUCAGAAAUACGCGGUCAACUGCAGCUGGUUUCAGGAGACUUUUGGUGAGUGUCCGGAGGGAGCUGAUGAGGAGACUGUGCGUCGAUAUGCCCGUGCGUACAUCAUGAUGUUGUUGGGCACGUAGCUAUUUGCGGACAAGUCCGGCAACCGCAUUCAAAUCAGAUGGCUUCCGUUUGUAGCUAUGCUGGAGGAGAUGGGGACCUACAGCUGGGGUUCUGCAGCACUGGCAUGGUUGUACCGGUGUAUGUGCCGAGUGGCGAACAGAAAUGUUAUCAAGCUAGCGGGCCCACCUCAGCUACUUCAGUCAUGAAUUUUCUGGCGAUUUUCUCGUUUUAGGCCUGCAGGGUUUGAGACGUUCAGCUGGCCAUUGGCCUCGAGGUGGUCAGGUUACAACAUUUUCAGUAGCGAGAAGGGUUCUAGAGUUCAGAUGUGGAGGCUCUGGAUAGACCGGUUACAGGAUAGAGAGGUCAGUAUGUUACUUAAUAAGUUUUUUUAUUUAACCACACUUUACGAGUUGGGUUCAUGAGUUGCCCUGACACUGUAUAGUUCUUGGUGCAGUUUAUCUGGAUGCCGUACAGCAGCCCUGACGUACUUCAGGUUGUGCAUCCAGAGGUUUUGGAGCAUCGGCAUAUGGCGCUGUGGCGGUCUGUUACGUCGCUUAUCUACUUUGCCGUCAUAGAGUGGCAUCAGAUAGAUAUGGUUCUUCCGCAGUUUGGAGGGGUGCAGCCCCGUCCACAUCCCGCCCUGAACAUCGACUUUCUGAUGUCGAAGGACGGCAGAGGCGGCGAUCGAUGGUUUUCGUACCAUUUGCAGAAGUGGCAUCUCCAUUGGGAGUCCCGUGCGGAGAGCGUGCUGAGGUUCGAUGUUGUUGUUGACCCUGGUCCGUCGCGUGAGUUCUUGGAGUGGUGGAGUCAGCACGGGAAGAGGUUCUUGUCUCCGGAUCCGCACUUGGAGGAUCCGAGAGCCGUUGCUAUUCCUGUUGAGGCCUCACAGCGGGGAGCUGGGCGAGUUCCUGAGAUGGAUCGUCCUGACAACGUGCCGGACAAGCGGCGGGUGAGAGGAGAGCUCGCGUGGGGACACGGCGGAGCCAGCGUGACUGGAGGUGGCUUGAUCGUGCUAUGGAGGAUGAUGACGAGGCCGGACCCCCGCUGGGGGUCGACGACGAGGCUAGCGAGGCAGAGGUAGAGGGCGAGCUGCGGUUCAUGCCGCUGCUCCUGACCCUAAGGACGAUGACGACGAUCAGCAUGGGUCCGAGGGCGGGGAUGGUGCAGGGGCGGCUGCAGUUGCUGGUGUUAGUA